AUGGAGGGCCGGUCGUCGCCAGCCGCAGAUUUGCCGGGCCGCCCGCCUCUGGCGCGGGGGCCGUGCGGGGCUGGCCGUUACCCGCCACCCGCCGCCAGACGUGAAAACAAGGCCGCGCAGGACCUUCUGCAGCGGGCGCCUGGCCGAGGCUGCUGUGGGAGCAGUCGGCUGCCGCAGGCGCGGGGCCGCGAGCCACCAGGCGGGUGGGGCGAGCGCUGGGCUGCCUCCGUCGGGUGCAGGGGGCCGCGCACGCGUGUCCCUGCCGAAUCCGCAUUCGUCGGGGAAGCCAGCCGCUGCAGGCGCGGGCCGCCAGCCGCUCCCUGUUUACCAAUGCACAUUGUUGGUCUGAGUAGGCAUCUCAAACCGAGCUGCGAAAUGAGGCCUCCUAAACUUGUUCAGGGGAGAUUGAAAUUAUUCACCCUGCACACCACACAGGAGGAUUUCAACAUUGAUAUAAGUGACGUCACUGGUGUAUCUCAGACACUACCACCUCAACCAGUUCAUCAGCAGCCACCACAUUGUCCAAGACCAUUGGCACGCCCUCGUUCAGAGGAGGACGAUGAUGACGACGACUUCAUGCAACCCCCAUCUAGGCACCCGGUAACGAACAAUAAUCAACGCCGUACUACAAAUGUUGUUGUCAAUGCACGCAGAGAUGGAAAACUGCAGAAGAAAAAUGCCCCUCACACGGAUCCACCUACGAAGCCUAAACAGCAAAAGGUUACCAACUAUCUUCAUGCACCAACUGUUCGAUGUGCACCUUCAGUUUUUAACUCAUUUAUUGAUCUCCUCACCAUGAGCCAGCAUACCAGAAUCAAUAAUAUGAAUUUUAGUGGCCUCCUCCAGAUCCGAACAGACAAGCUAGUUAGCAGAGAAAUGUUGAAGUAUUUUUAUGACAGGCUAGACCCUGAUACUAUGGUAUUGGUUCUUGGUAAAGAUAGGGUUAUACAUAUCAACCCUUUUGCUGUUAAGCAAGCGUUUGACAUUCCAGACAGUGGUGAAGAAUUAUCUCUACACACAAACCAGCGAGUGACGGCGCGGCAAGCUGACGCCGAUGCCGGUGUUGUGCCGCCCAGGGAGAGUGCCCACAUCCCCAAGUUGAAGGCUCCAGUUAUUUUGGUGGGGUGCAAGCUGGACCUGAGGGACGCACAGCAGGUUAGCCUUGAGCAGGUUAUGGUGCCCAUCAUGCAGUCCUUCCGUGAGAUUUUGAGACCUACAUUGAGUGGUCCUCUUCAACAGAUCCAGGUGCCUGAGGUCUUCUACUAUGCCCAGAAGGCUACCCAACUGCUCUACUCUUUGAUCAAGAGUUACAAUCUCUGA